UACCGUCGUGAAUAGCUAAGACAUGUUAGCCAAUUGAAUCGAAAAUAUUGGUUAUCAGUAAUCACUUGUGUUACUAAACAGCUUGAAACUUCGAUGCAACAACGAUCAUUCAGUGUAGCUGAGCAUCACUGACCCACUAUACUUCACCAAAUGAAAGAAAACAAGGAGAACUCAACUCCUGCAAACUUUGCUAGUCUGGACCACAUAAAACCAUGUUGGUACUGGGACAAAAAGGACCUGGCCCACACGCCGUCCCAGUCUGAGGGCCUGGACCCAGCCACAGAGGCCCGGUACAGGAGAGAAGGGGCCAGGUUUAUCUUUGACGUGGGGACUCGACUUGGACUACACUAUGACACCUUGGCUACGGGAAUCAUAUACUUCCACCGUUUUUACAUGUUUCACUCUUUCAAACAGUUCCCUAGAUAUGUGACAGGGGCUUGCUGUCUCUUCUUGGCUGGGAAAGUGGAGGAGACCCCAAAAAAAUGUAAAGACAUCAUCAAAACAGCACGUAGUCUCCUGAACGAUGUCCAGUUUGCCCAGUUUGGAGAUGAUCCAAAGGAAGAAGUCAUGGUGCUAGAGAGAAUACUGCUUCAGACAAUCAAGUUUGACUUGCAGGUGGAGCAUCCCUACCAGUUUCUGUUGCGUUAUGCCAAGCAGCUGAAAGGUGACAAAAAUAAAGUGCAGAAAUUGGUGCAGAUGGCAUGGACCUUUGUGAAUGACAGCCUGUGCACUAUGCUGUCCCUCCAGUGGGAGCCAGAGAUAAUAGCAGUGGCCGUGAUGUACCUGGCUGGUCGACUGUGUAAGUUUGACAUCCAGGAGUGGACGUCCAAGCAGUCGUCUCGGCGUUGGUGGGAACAGUUUGUCCAGGAUGUUCCCGUGGAGUUGCUGGAAGAUAUUUGUCAUCAAAUCCUGGAUCUGUACUCUCAAGGCAAGCAGCCAAUCCCCCAGCAGCCUCAGCUACAGGAGAAAGAGAAGCCUCCGCCCCCUCCCACUGGCCAACCAAGCCAGGCCGGGAGCCAGAACCCAGUCGCCCCGCCCCCACCAAAGAAAGCCUCUCCCCAGGGUAGCCCACCUCGCCAGCAGAAACGCCCACACGUGUCGCCAAAAGAAGAGCCCAAGGCUCCUGAACAAGUUGGCUCUAAAAUUCCUCGCCUUGAGAGUCCUAUGCCCCCUCUACCUGUUACCCAGCCCCCGUCUGAUCGUAAGGCCCCACCCACUGCCCCAGCUCCUCCCACAGAGGCGGAGCCAGCAUCAUCUGGUGAUGCAGACCUGGCGAAAGGUCCGGCCCCUCCUCCGCCUCAUGUGGCUCCACCUCCCUUGCCUCAUCGCCCGCCUCCUCCCCCACCCUCCAACUACAUCAUGGGCAUGUCCACCUCCAGCUCCUACAUGUCGGGUGAAGGCUACCAGAGCCUCCAAUCUAUGAUGAAGACCGAGGGGCCAUCCUACGCCCCUAUGCCCCCUUCCUAUGGGCCUCCCAUGGCUUACCACCCACACGUUUAUCCCCCGCCUAGUGCCCCUCCACCAGGACCUCCCCCUCCCACCACCUACCCGCCUCCUAACCUCCCACCUCCCACCCCAGCUUACCCUCCACCUGGCUACAACCACACCUAUCCACCACCACCUCCACGUAUGCCACCCACGCAUGCAGUGCCCCCUCCCGGGAUGGGCUUGCCUCCUACCGGGUACCCACCUCCACCUGUGCCCCCCGGCCAGCCUCAGGUGCCCCUCCCACCACCCGGCAUGCCCCCCGUUUCGGGAAUGAACCGCGGAGCGUGGAUGAGAUGAGAGUGAACAGGAGGCAGAUACAGUAACUGAUGCCAGGCCACAUACAAUGCUGAUAAUUAGAGGUGUGGACGUAGAGAACCGUCUUUCCGAAUGCUGCUAUGCUUUUUUUCGCAAGUUUACUCUGUGAGGGGGCGGAGACACACGUAGCAGAGAUUCGCAACACUUUGUAGGUCUCAGAGAAGGGAGUGUGGUUUUGUAACGAAUCAGCUGAAGAACCGACUCACCUCCUAGACGUUGGUUGAAGCUCGUCUCGGCGUAACCCUGGGACAUGAGUGUUGUGUAUGUCUGUCAGUAGGAUUUCAUCUGAGCGGAGUAAGUUUGUAGAGUUAGCGAAAUUGGGAUUUAAUUUGUGGGUUAUCAGUAAAGUUAAAAGGUAAUUGUGAGCUCUAAGGCAUCUCAGGCAGCAGUUUCACACACCUCAGCAGAGUCUGGAAAAAUACUACUUCACCUUGCUGAUCACAUUUCAGACAUCUCAGUUUAGCACCAAAAAACAAAGAUUUACCCACCUACGCUGUUAGGAUAUCUCUCGUAAUGUUUGUAGGGAACACCUUUUAUUUGACUAUUUUUUUUCUUUUUUAAGGUUACUGCUCUACAGACUCCCAAAUGGAUUUUUUGAAUCCCACAGAUAGAUAUUAUAUCUGCUAUUAAUUGUAAGGCAUUGAGCUGUAUGCAUCCAGAUAUGUACUCUGGAGAAAGACUAAAAACAAGCCACUGUAAAUUCGGACCUUCAGAGCUGGGCAAAUGUGUUUCUCUCUGCUGCCAGGUUUGACACAGUUCCUAGAGGUAACGAGCCCAUGGUUUAUUUUUUUUUUUUUUUGUAAAUACAUUCUGUGACAAUGAAUGGAUGGUUGCUUUUUAUUGGUUAGUUUCUCCUGAUGUGCCUUCAGUAGGCUUUAAUGUGAUGGACUGGAAGCCAACAGUGUUCAACCUCCUUGUAUAAAAGCUUUUUGUGUUUGUAAGGCAUUUUUGGGAUAAUAAAACAUGUUUUCCUCCCG